GGAGGAUUUUCGUUUUCCCGCCUCGUUCAACUAGUUCGUCUUCCUCCAUUUUACAGCCGGUGUUACUAGGUUCCGAUAGGAUCCGCUCGAAGAUGCCAGUCUGAGGCAUUUGUGGCUUGCUUAUUCCUCCACUGUGUCCGAGUAAUUCACCAUGAUAGCAGUCCUCGCGAUGACCGAUCUGGGUGCUGCUAGAGGAGCGGGGGAGGCGGACUGGGAGCUCGAAGAGUUUCUUCGUCGAAGGGAGAUCGACGGCACCCUGGCUGUGCUGCUGAGGGACGGCUUUGAUCUAGCAGCGAAACGUCGCCAGCUCGCGCAGGAAGCAGAGCAAGUGUCGCUGGCUGACGGAGACUUGACGACGCAGAUCGCACAGCUUAAAGAAUCGGCGUCAGCGUCGUCGCUGUCGCCCAGCGACAGGCUGUCAGGAUCGGACGGCGACGCGUGGGAUGAUCGCUGGACGGACACGGAGGACGGAUACUCCAGUACCUACUCUGACGGAGUUGACGGCGACGGAUUCCGUCUCGAAGACUUGCCCGACGUCCCAUCGCCGUCAGUUUGUUUUGCGAGCAGCUCCGCCGGGGACCAAGGGGUUGACGGCGAAUUAGGCCUGCCAGGCUUCGAAGCAGACGGCGGCGUCGCAGAAUCGCCUGAAGUCGCGAGUCCUUUAGCCUUUCCAGGGGAGAUCUGUAGGAGUAAUUGUAGAUCAGAGACCGAUCUGUUGCCAUGGCCGCUCAAGGCGGCUCAGGCUACGGCUACUUGUACUGAAAGUGUUGGCAGCGGUCCACUUCACCGGGAAGAUGACGUUGCAUCGCAGUGCGAUCACUUCGGAAAUGUCGCUGACGGUUCGGCUGUGACGACUUACGAUCUCCAGUCGUUCCUGGAGCGGCUGCGGAUCGCCGAAGACGCGUUAGAGUCGCACGGCUGGCGACACUUGAUGACGCGUUCGACGCCGACGAUGCAAUACGCGUCGCAUUCUCUCGACUGUGCGGUCGAGGGUUAUCCCAAGAGCACGUGUUACCGCGGCCGUAUGGUGGUAGAGGGGGUUACACUGGAAGCAGUUAGGGACUUUCUUCUUGACGAGGAUUACCGGCGGGAAUGGGACGAAAAUCGAGCCGAGUCGACUGUUUUAGAAGACUGGAACGAAGUCGGGAUUUCCGCCUUCCGCUGGGUUAGGCGUCUCCCCCUCUUCCUCCGCAAUCGCGAAUACGUCGUCUCUCGUCGCGUCUGGUCCCUCACCCCUGAAACCCCUCCCGAGCCUCAAACCUCUCUUGAGCCUCGGACGUUCUUCUGUAUCAACCGAAGCACGUCGCACGCUUCAGCCGUCUCUCGGCCUUCCGUGCUCCGUGUGCCGUACUUCUACUCCUCGUGGCGAAUCCGCUAUGUCCCGGGGCAGGAUGGCACAGGUGGGGAGCAAAGAAACAAGCUGGGGAAGCAAAGCGAUAGGCUGGAGGGGCAGGGGAGCGAGGCGGAGGGGCAGGGGGGUAAACUGGGUGUAGAGAUUGUGACCUACCACCAGGAGGAGUCAGGAUUGCCACGGGAGCUGGCAAGGGUUGCUCUAAUGAGGGGCAUGUGGGGCCACAUGGUGAAGAUUGAAGAUGCGUUGAGACAAUACUGUCAGGCUCGACGCAGCAUUAGGCACACACUGCCCGUGUUUUUAACCAGGAAUGACCAUGAUCAUUUGUAGCUCUGCCAGAUUGUGUUCAGGUGAUUGAUUGUACAUAAUGAGGCUCUAACAUUGAGAU